AUGUCAACAACAGGAUUACAAAGACGUCGUGGUGCAAAACAGUCGACACCUAAACCUAGAAGCUCGACCUCAUUUGAUGAAGAGCGUUCUCCAGUAUCACCAAAUAAACCAGACCAUAAAAUAGGAUACGAUGAUAAAGAUAUCAAAGAUCCAAGCACAUUGAAACAACCAUUGUUGACUUUGAUGGAAGAAGUUUUGUUGAUGGGACUCAAAGACAAAGAAGGGUACUUAUCAUUUUGGAACGACAAUAUUUCCUAUGCUUUACGUGGAUGUAUAUUGUUAGAAUUGACAUUUCGUAACAAAAUCACUUUAGUUAAUGAUCCAGCAAGACGCCGUUUUGAAUUGAGUGAUAGGUUAGUGGAAGUUAUUGAUGCAGAACCCACAGGAGAAGUUUUGCUAGAUGAAGCAUUGAAAAUCAUGAAAAAUGACGAAAGCAAUUUAUCUGUCACCAACUGGAUUGAUUUGUUGAGUGGUGAAACUUGGAAUUUGAUGAAAAUCAAUUACCAAUUAAAACAAGUUAGAGAACGAUUGGCUAAAGGUUUAGUCGACAAAGGUAUUUUGAGAACAGAACGGAAGAAUUUCUUCCUUUUCGAUAUGGCCACUCACCCUGUUGCUGAUAAAUUAUCUAAAGAAUAUAUAAAGAAUAGAAUUUUGAGUAUGUUGGUGCUGAGAAAUGUUGACUUGGACUCAGUUUCAAAUGACCAAUUCCCUGCUGAUACAUCUUUCAAGUACUUGAGGACUGUAUCGUUAGUAUGUGGCGCAUAUGCUGCUAAUGUAUUAGAAAAUGUUUUACUAUCAUUAAACUAUGAAAAGAGAGAUCAAGCAUUUGCCAGAGCCGAUGAAUUGUUGGCUGAUUUCAGUGAAUUCCCUUUCAACUUGUCACAUCAAAGUCCUCUUGGAUUGGGUUUAAACUUGGGUCAAGAAGUCGGUGACGAAAUAGAAAAAUCUUCUGCAACUGAAUUACAAUUGGAAUUGAUAGCUGCUGUCUUGAGUGUGUUUGCCAGAAUGGAUUCAAUACUUUAG